UCCUCUGUGACCACAACCGCCUAGGUAUUUUUCUGAGCAGAAUUCAAGUCACGCAAGAUUACAUACUUAGCUUCCGACCUGAGGCCUGAGCAGGAGGUGGUGGUAGCACUAAGCGCGCAAUCGAGUCGUUCAAUCACUGACACCAUUUGAUCGAGACAGAUAUAGUUGAACUCUUAAUAGCACAUGGAGAGAACAAUCUGAGGAGCGUCCAUCAUGCGUAUAAUAGCUAUGAGAAAACGUGGAACUGGCCUGUCCUUGGAGUGCAACCACCAUGGUUGCCAUGAAGUUGUUGGCUGUCGUUGUGCCUACACAAGUUCUGGCCGCAGCAGCGUUUACGAUACAAAUUCCUGCGAGUUCCUUCGAACAACAGCAUGUGUUAUCACCCAGCUUCGAAGGUAGCUCAAAGGUUGAUCUAGGAUCUUCACAUGAAAUGAUCGAGCAUCCAUCCUUCCCGAGCUACCAAUUGAGGGUCAUCGUGACCGAACCUACCCUCUGUGAUGCUUCUGUUGAGCAACAUGCAGGUUUCCUCGAUAUUUCCGAUACGCGGCACCUUUUCUUCUGGUUCUUCGAAGCUAGAAACGAUCCUGCGAAUGCGCCUCUUCUGCUCUGGCUCAAUGGUGGUCCAGGCUGUAGCUCCAUCAAUGCUGGUCUCCUGUUCGAGAAUGGACCUUGCAGGAUCGCCGAAGGGGGCAAUGGCACUAUCGUCAAUCCUCAUUCUUGGAACGAAGUCGCCAAUGUGAUCUACCUGGACGAACCCAUAGGUACAGGCUUCUCGUACGCGGACGAUGACUCCAAGGUCGACACCUUGGCGGACUUGGCUGUGGACGUCUAUGUGUUCACUCAAGUGUUCUUGAAGAGAUUUCCUCAGUAUUCUAACUUACCAUUCCACCUCGCUGCUGAGAGUUGGGGUGGUCAUUACGGACCUACCAUAAGCAACUUCAUUCACCAAGAGAAUAAGAAGCUCGUUUACGCACCUAGGAAGGGCGUUGUGAAGAUCAAUCUUGCUUCUUUAAUCCUCGCCAACGGCCUUACCGAACCCGCAUCGCAAUUCGAGUCAAUCCCAGAUUAUGCAUGUGGAGGAGCUCCUUAUCCCUUCCUCGAUCCGAAGGGUUCUGGUUGCGCACAGAUAAAGUUCAAUAAACCCAUAUGCCUCGAAAUGAUAGAAUCGUGCUACAAAUUCAAUACAAAGGCUACAUGCACACCUGCGACUUUUCAAUGCUGGUCGACUAUGAUGGUUCCAUUGGAUACCACUGGGAAAAAUGCGUACGAUAUUCGGAAACCAUGUUUACCUAAUACCAAGAUGUGUUAUGAGGAACUGGAUUGGGCCACUUUGUGGAUGAACGAGCCCGAGGUGAAAAAGUCGUUAGGGGUUGAUGCCAAUCGGACGUUCACCAAUUGCAACAUGGACGUGAAUCAGAGAUUCUAUGUGCAAGGACAGGCAAUGCACAAUAGCGCGGCCUUACUACCAGAGCUUAUCAACAACGGUGUACGGCUUCUCGUGUAUGCAGGCAAUGCAGAUGCCGUCUGCAAUUACAUGGGCGUCGAAUUAUGGAUGAGCCGUCUGGAACACAACUUUCACAAGGAGUUUGCUAGCACGCCAUCAGUCCCGUGGAGAACAAGGGAGUCGAAUUAUGUCGCAGGUGAGGUCCGUAGUGCUGGAGCUGCCGAAGGGGCUGGGAAUGUGACAUUCGUGCAAAUCUAUGAUGCAGGACAUAUGGCGCCUCAUGACCAGCCCGAAGCUACCCUGGUGAGUUCAUAUACUGCCUCCGAGCUUGCAAUACAAAUGCACUUACGUACUAUCUCUUUAGGAUAUGAUAACCCGCUGGAUUCACAACGUUCCGUGGUCGGAGGCUAUUUAGCGGGGAAUGUCAAAGUCCCUUUGGUUUCAUUACUCCCGUCUGCGGAACAAUUAUUCCAGUCUAUGUCGAUCUAGCGAAUUUGGAAUACAAGAGCGUUUUAUCCACAUUCAUGCGUGCCUCUAACCCGGAGUUCCAAAAUGCUCUAUCCCUGUUUUAGGAUAGUUGAUCGGCGUUCUCUUAUUCAGACAAAAGAGAAUCAAGUUGCAAAUCAUGGCGUAGAAGGGCGUUAGGAGAACUUGUUCAAGGCUUUCAAGGCUCCUGCACGUUGAGUUUCAUAUGAGUACCAUACGAUGCCGGCGGGAUAAGUUUCUGUUCGAAGUUUCCUGAUACAUCGAGCCUAUCGCCCGGUACGCAGAACC